UCUCUCUCUCUCUCUCUGCGCUGAGAGUAUACUCAUCAUCUUUGCUGGAGCGUCUCACAGCGGAGAAAAGCCAUGGCAGCUGCGAACCGUGUCCUUGUUUACGGAGGAAAAGGAGCUCUCGGCUCGGCAUGUGUGCAUUAUUUUAAGUCAAAAGGCUGGUGGGUUGCCAGUAUUGACAUCGUAGCGAACGAAGAAGCGGACGCAAACGUCCUGGUGAAGCUCUGCGAAUCGUUCACCGAUCAAGCCGCUCAGGUGACAUCGCAUGUAGCCAAACUGCUGGGGGAACACAAGGUCGACGCCAUUGUUUGUGUAGCAGGAGGAUGGGCCGGAGGAAACUGUAGCUCAAAAGACUUGUAUAAGAACUCUGAUAUGAUGUGGAAACAGAGUGUCUGGACCUCUACCAUUUCUAGUCAUCUUGCAUCGCUCCAUCUGAAGCCAGGAGGCCUGCUGACCCUCUCUGGUGCAAAGGCCUCACUAGAAGGCACUCCAGGUAUGGUUGGGUACGGUAUGGCCAAGGCUGCAGUCCAUCAGCUCUGUAAGAGUCUGGCUGGCGAGAACAGCGGCCUUCCAUCUGGAGCUGGAGCUGUGGCCAUUCUUCCGGUUACCUUGGAUACACCAAUGAACAGGAAAUUCAUGCCUGACGCAGAUUUUGGGAGCUGGACACCGCUGGAAUACAUUGCAGAAACCUUCUACAGCUGGGCCACUGGGUCAGGCCGGCCAGCCUCAGGCAGCCUCAUACAGCUGGUGACUACUGGGGGGAAAACCGAGGCCUCGGCUGCCCAGUAAAGAGGGAACAGAGAAAAAAUGGAAAAACAAAAAGAUGAAGAGUGGAGGAGAGGAGGAGAGGAGAGCGAUGUUUACCAAUGUACUGUGCAGCAGAGGAGAGAGAGGUCAUACAGAACGCUGAUGGAAAAUGAGAGAUAGAGUAAUUUCUAUCAUCCAGUCUCACUGGAAAUACACAGUACAGUAUCUCUGAAUGGGCCAAAGGAUUCAUUUACAUGUUUAAUGUUGUGUCAGUCUUUACAUGAGAAUACAGCCUAGAUGAUGAGUGUAUGUCUGUGACUUUCUUCUCGACAACAAAAGGUGUGCCGCUGUCGUAUGUGAAACGUACAGUCUUCUAUUCAGAGAAGUGACCUUAGUUUGUGUUAGUGUGAGUGUGUGUGAUUACUGGCUCUAAUUUCAUGUACGGAUGCUGUUUCUUCAAAGUAUUUUCUUCCCAGUGUGUCGUUGCUGCUGCUGUAUGAGUAUGGACCAUACUUGCAUAAUAAAGACAAAUUAAAACGA